AUGAGCGGGCAAAGAGGUUCGUUCACAAUUCCAAAGCCAUGGGGCGGUACAUCCCUAUUGCAAACCAACUCCGGGCCCCUUCAGGGAUACCUGUACUACGAGGUAACUCCUGACUAUAUCAUCUUCGUUAUGCCCAUCGUGUUGGUCGUGGUCUUCUCGACCAUCUUGAUUGUCAGCUUUUUGAGCUAUCGACGGAUUAAAACCGUUGAGCAAGCGUCGAUUUGGGGAGGACUUGCAAAGGAAACCGCACAUCAACUCGGCACACCAAUCUCUUCCCUGAUGGGGUGGGUUGAGCUAUCAAUGGAGUUGGACAAGCAGCGAGGAGACAGUACGAGUGCUGAAAUUUAUGCAAAUAUGCAAAAUGAUCUCACUCGGCUCCAGCGUAUUACCGAACGUUUCGGCAAGAUUGGGUCGUAUCCCCAACAAACCCGCAUCAACAUUAACUCAGUUAUCAGUGAUGCCGUUGCCUAUUUUCAAAAGCGUUUGCCGAAUUUGAGCAAACAGGUUGAAUUGCGUGUCGUUGACCGCGAGCUUCCCGAAAUUGUGGCGAAUGCAGAUCUGUUACAAUGGGUUUUUGAAAACCUGAUUCGGAAUUCACUUGAUGCAAUAGAUAAAGAAAAUGGCGUCAUCGAAAUCGAUCCGCGGCUCCACCCAAAGGGAACAUCAGAUUGUCAUCCUGUACAAAGAUAA